ACCCAUUUCUAGUGUCAUGAGAUCAGGUGACUCUAUAAAAUCUGAUUAUAAUGUAUUGCCAAAUCCCUUACUUGGUGAUGUAUAUAAACACCCCAGCCUAACGCAGAAAUUCUGUAGUGAAGAAAAGCACUGGCCUCAUCCCAGAAUCAGCAACUACAGGCACCACCAAUUUCUCUUUGAAGACAAUAUCUUGCAGUUAGAAGAACAUGGCAAGUCUAAACUGGAGUUAUGAAGGUGACAAUGGACCUGACCAGUGGCACAAAUUAUACCCAGUUGCCAAUGGAAACCUUCAGUCUCCUAUUGACAUUAAAACCAAGAAUGUAAAAAAAGAUCCCUCUCUGGGGCAUCUCCAUGUCACUUGGAAUUUGAGCACCUGCAAAGAGAUUGUCAACAUUGGACACUCCUUCCAUGUGAACUUUGAGGACAAGGAUAACCGAUCAGUGGUGACUGGUGGACCUCUCACUGGAAACUACAGGCUGCAACAGUUUCACUUCCAUUGGGGCCGGACUGAUGAUUAUGGCUCUGAGCACACUGUGGAUGGUAGAAAAUAUGCCUCAGAGCUUCACUUGGUUCACUGGAAUUCAGACAAAUAUUCAAGUUUUGCUGAGGCUUCUGAUAAGCCUGAUGGCUUGGCAAUCAUUGCUGUUUUUCUGCAGGUUGGUCCUCCUCAUGAAUGUGUACAGAAAAUUGUGACGGCAUUAGGUUCGAUAAAGACUAAGGGUAAAAAAGCUCCAUUUACUAAUUUUGACCCAUCAACUUUACUUCCUGGAUCCUUGGAUUACUGGACCUAUCCUGGCUCUCUGACUCAUCCUCCUCUUCUUGAGAGUGUCACCUGGAUUAUCUAUAAGGAACCUAUUACUGUCAGUUCAGAGCAGUUGGCCCAAUUCCGUAGCCUCACAGUGACCAAUCACCGACUUCCCCAGCCACUGAAGGGCAGACAAGUGAGAACCUAAUUCCAGGCAAUUAAGAAUUACGCAGAAGUGAAGAUAUUUUAUUAAAACCAAUAUAUCUAAACAGAAGGCCAUGUAACAAUUCACAAAAAUGAUUUUAAAAAAUGAAUCUCUGUUUAAGAUAGAAUGUUCAUAUGUGUUGCCAUUGACUGUAAUGUAUUUGCUGGAAUAAAUUUGUGUCUUAUACAUUGUGAAGCAAAUACAUUUUAAUGUGUGGUUUUUACCUUGAGUAUUUUAAAAUAUUUUGGAAUAAUCUUCAUAUUUUUAAUACUUGUUUUAAAUAGCCUAGAUAUUAUGGUGAUGAAUAGCAAAAUAAUGCUUGGAAUAAAAUAAUAAAAUAAGUCAGUAUUCAGACAUUGCUAACUAAUCAAAGAUUUUAUUUAACUAUAGUAAAAUCUAUUAAUUUUUACAAAGAAGUGCUGUAAAAGUGCUAAGUACACGUUGAAACUCCGGAAAAAGGCUUAUUUUCCGGAGAAUUACGUCUAGACUGGCACUUUUCUCCGGCUUAUUCCCAAGCCGGAAAAAAGCGUCGGCCAUGUAAAUGCAAAUGCCGCGGGGGAUAUUUAAAUCCCCCGCGGAUUUUGCUAUUCCAAAGUGUCUCAUUAGCAUCCCUUUACCGGAAAGGGAUGCUAAUGUAGACACAGCCAUGAAGUAUACAUCUUCUGAGAAAAAGAAAGCACUGAUAGCUUUCAGCUUGGACAUACUGAACUUCAUUUCUAUCUUCCUUUUUUUUUAUUUUUUGAGCAGGCAAAUGUCAUUUUAACGUAGCCCUGUUCAGUUCUCCCAAAAUACACUUGUUUGUUUAACAGAAAAAAUGACAUGGCAAAGGCCAUCAUAUUCACUGGAUUGCCUACCUAUCCUUUUGGGAAGGGGUUAUCUUUGUGAUAGUAAAACAGCUUUGUGGUGUUUACUGUAUUUUAUAAAUGCACACAAGGAUUGUGAUGGAUGUAUAUUUCAGAAAUAAAAACAAAUCCAGUAAAGAACUCCAAUGCACACCA